AUGUGCUAUUUUAUAAUAAAAAAAUGUUUUAGUAAUAUAUUUCAAGAAAAAAAAACAAAAGGAGAUGAGCUGUUACAAGGACCCACACCACACAUGUGCUCUCUCCUUCCUGUUUCCACCAGCUCCUGCCUCUCAAUCAUUAGCUUCCCUUCCUCUUCCUCCUCUGAAUGUGUUUCAGUGAGUCAUAGACUGCUUAGCUACCAUUCCCUUUUCCUUCUUCUUCCAAGAACCAUGUCUAAUACCACCAACGGAGUUAUGAUCUCAAACGUAGACAUACUCGAACGCCAGAGACAAAAACAACAACAGCAACCAUCAGAGGGAGCUCUUGUUGUGAAGAAAGCUCCAGCGAAAGAUCGACACACCAAAGUAGACGGAAGAGGGAGGAGGAUACGUAUGCCAAUCAUAUGCGCAGCACGUGUGUUCCAGCUAACAAGGGAGCUCGGCCACAAGUCCGACGGACAAACUAUCGAAUGGCUCCUCCGUCAAGCUGAGCCUUCCAUCAUAGCCGCAACGGGAACCGGCACGACCCCGGCGAGCUUCUCCACCACCUCAACAUGCACUUUCUCCUCGUCUUCUCUAGAUCAUAAACCUUUACUAGGUUCCUCACCGUUUAUACUUGGAAAACGCGUGAGAGAGGGUUCCGGAGGUGCUAUACCAGCUGGGUUUUGGUCUGUUCCGGCGAGGCCAGAGUUCGGACAAGUUUUGAGCUUUGCCGCCGGAGCUCCACAUGAGAUGUUCUUGCAACAACAUCAACAACAAGAAGCAGCUGCCCUUUUUGUUCACCAGCAGCGACAGCAACAAGGUGCAAUAGGUGAAGCUUCGGCAGCUAGAGUCGGUAAUUAUCUUCCGGGUCAUCUUAACUUGCUUGCUUCUUUAUCUGGUGGAGUUCCCGGGUCGGGUCGGAGAGAGGAUGGCCCACGUUGAAGUUGAGCUCCUUUUUAGUUUGGGAUAUGUGUGUGUUGUAGUAUUUAGAAAUUGAUUGAUUGAUCCCAUGGGCUAUGUGAGAGUAUCGUUAGUGUUUUAGCUAAACUAGGGUUAGGUUUAAUUAAGAACCUUAUCUUAAAGAUUUGUUUCAUGCAGUUUUUUUUUUUUUUUGUGGAAGAUCAAGAUUUACUUAGUACAUCAUUUAGGGCAAUUAAGAAACCGUGGAGGUUUUGCCCUUUUGUCUGUUUUUUUCCGGUGAAGCAGAGCCGUCGUCAAAGUAAUAUUAUUAUAAAUUUAUUUAUAUUGUUUCUUGUUGUUGUUUCUGAUAGUGUAAUGUGUUACAACUUACAACAAUUGAUUGUGGUGCGUAAGCUGAUCGAUUACCACGUUUGUUUUUUAAUAAAAUGUUACAGGCUUCUACGUA